CCAUUCAUGUGUUCACCCCUGACUCCGCCGACCUGCACGGGCGACGUUCGGAACCUGCCCCACAGUCCUGCAAGGUCGGCGCCGCGCCAGCCCUUCCAAAUUCAUCCCGAGUCCCCUCCCCUCACGCCCUUGCUGGCCGGGAGGGGGAAGGAUGGGCUGGCGCCACGAGUGGCCCCGAUGAGGCUCCUGAGAGCCAUGGCCAUGCAGAAAAUCUUCGCCCGGGAAAUCCUGGACUCCAGGGGCAACCCCACGGUGGAGGUGGACCUGCACACAGCCAAGGGCCGGUUCCGAGCAGCUGUGCCCAGUGGAGCUUCCACAGGGAUCUAUGAAGCCCUGGAACUGAGAGACGGAGACAAAUCCCGCUACCUGGGCAAAGGGGUCCUCAAGGCUGUGGAACAUAUCAACAAGACCCUAGGCCCUGCUUUGUUGGAAAAGAAACUAAGCGUUGUGGAUCAAGAAAAAGUGGACAAGUUUAUGAUUGAGCUGGAUGGGACUGAGAACAAAUCCAAGUUUGGGGCCAAUGCCAUCCUGGGCGUGUCCUUGGCCGUGUGUAAGGCCGGAGCGGCUGAGAAGGGAGUCCCCCUCUACCGACACAUCGCAGACCUCGCGGGGAACCCCGACCUUGUGCUCCCAGUGCCUGCCUUCAAUGUCAUCAAUGGAGGCUCCCAUGCUGGCAACAAGCUGGCCAUGCAGGAGUUCAUGAUCCUGCCCGUGGGCGCCAGCUCCUUCAAGGAAGCCAUGCGCAUCGGGGCCGAGGUCUACCACCAUCUCAAGGGGGUCAUCAAGGCCAAGUACGGGAAGGAUGCCACUAACGUGGGAGACGAGGGCGGCUUUGCACCCAACAUCCUGGAGAACAAUGAGGCCCUGGAGCUGCUGAAGACCGCCAUCCAGGCUGCUGGCUACCCAGACAAGGUGGUGAUCGGCAUGGACGUGGCGGCCUCCGAGUUCUAUCGCAACGGCAAGUACGAUCUUGACUUCAAGUCACCGGACGAUCCCGCCCGGCACAUCACUGGGGAGAAGCUGGGGGAGCUGUACAAGAGCUUCAUCAAGAACUACCCUGUGGUCUCCAUCGAGGACCCCUUUGACCAGGACGACUGGGCCACCUGGACCUCGUUCCUUUCGGGGGUGGACAUCCAGAUUGUGGGGGAUGACCUCACAGUCACCAACCCCAAGAGGAUUGCCCAGGCUGUGGAGAAGAAGGCCUGCAACUGCCUGCUGCUCAAGGUCAACCAGAUUGGCUCGGUGACUGAGUCCAUCCAGGCCUGCAAACUGGCUCAAUCUAAUGGCUGGGGUGUGAUGGUAAGCCACCGCUCCGGGGAGACAGAAGACACCUUCAUCGCCGACCUGGUGGUUGGGCUCUGCACAGGACAGAUCAAGACUGGUGCCCCCUGCCGCUCAGAGCGUCUGGCCAAGUACAACCAACUCAUGAGGAUUGAGGAAGCUCUCGGGGACAAGGCCGUUUUUGCUGGGCGAAAGUUCCGUAACCCGAAGGCCAAGUGAGAAGCAGGAGUCUCUGGGACUCCACUGGACAGAUGCCGGCCUUCAAGCCUCUCUCCCUGAAAUAAACACUGGUGCCAGCCAUGA